CCCAACUCCGCACUCCUUAUAAACACCCCUUACUCCCUCCCACGCGGCCCACACCUCCCACCCCACGUCUCUUUCUCGUUCUCUCACAGAACCCUCUAAUUUGAUACUCCUCUCCCACUGCCAAAAGCCAUCGACACAGCAACCAUGACGCAGGUCCUCAGCACUCUGAGCAAGGUCGACUGGCGGUCAAUGGCUGUCUACACCGCCAACAACCCCAAGCAGGCUUUCAUCAACGUGGUCCUCGCCUACUACGCCCUGCGCCAAGUCCUAGCGCCUCGGCAAGCGCUGCAGCGCAACAUCGAGGCUAUCGCCCGCGAUAUCGAAAAGGGCAUGAUCGCAGACAUCCCCGGCGAGUCGCGGUACCUGACGAUCCCCGAAUCUGGCAUGGCCGACGACCAGAUCCUAGCGGUGCUGGAGCGCCGGCAGCACGAGGCCGGCAUUGAGUGGGAGAAGGGCCGUGCGUCGGGCGCUGUCUACCAUGGCGGCGAGGAUAUGGUUAAGCUGACAAACCAGGCCUACGGCAUGUUCAAUCUGUCCAACCCGCUGCACCCGGGAGUGUUCCCGGGCCUGCGCCGCAUCGAGGCCGAGGUCGUGCAGAUGGUGCUGGAUCUGUACAAUGGCGACGGCUGCUGCGGAACCACCACCAUCAUCAUGGCGGUGCGUGCGCACCUGGUGUGGGCGCGCGAGGAGCGCGGAAUCACUGAUCCCGAACAUUGCCGAUCCUGCGCAUCCAUGCGUCGCGCCAUCGACUCCAACACAAUCAUGAUCGCCGGCUCCUCCGCCAACUACCCGCACGGCGCAAUGAGUGAGAUGGCCAUUAAAUACAAGAUCGGGUUCCAUGUCGAUAGCUGUCUCGGCAGCUUCAUCAUGCCGUUCCUCAAGGAGGCCGGCUUCCCCGAGGUCCCGUGCGACUUCCGCCUGCCCGGCGUCACCUCGAUCUCCUGCGACACCCACAAGUACGGGUUCGCUCCCAAGGGCACCUCCGUGGUCAUGUACCGCAACGAGCAUAUCCGCCGCUACCAGUACUUUUCCAUCGCCACCUGGCCUGGCGGCAUCUACGCCUCGCCCACGAUCGCUGGCUCCCGCUGCGGCGCCGUCAUUGCCGGUGCCUGGGCCGCCCUCACCAAGAUGGGCAAGGACGGAUACCUCCAGCAGUGCAAGGAGAUUGUUGGCUGCCGCGUCAAGAUCCAGAACGCCAUUGAGCAGAUCCCUGAGCUCUACAUUAUCGGCAACCCCGUGUCCUCUGUCGUCGCGUUUUCGGCACACGAGCCAGUUGGCAUCUUUGGCGUCCUCGAUGAAAUGAAGAAGCGCGGCUGGGACCUCAGCCCCCUGCAGUACCCUGCAGCCCUGCAUCUGGCCUGCACCCGCCUGACCGUGCCUGUCGCCGACGAGUUUAUCCGUGAUCUGACGGACUCUGUUGCCACUGUCAAGGCAAACCCAGACAACUACAAGAAGGGAUCGCAGGCCCUCUACGGCUUUGCCUCGACGGUGCCUGACUCGUCGUUGGUCGACGAGAUCGCCUACCGCUUUAUCGACACCCUGUACAAGGCAUAA